AUGCCCCUGAGCAGAGCCGAGCACAACUGCAUCGACACGGUUCCCCCCCCGACCCGCUUCAGGCUGCUACAACAGCACCCGGGGGACCGGCUGGCCCUCAACCGAACGCGUCCAAUACAGGACACGGAGCGGCCAUUACAAAAGGACUUACACGAAGACGGGAUCUUUGACAUUCAUCUUCCCACACCAGCAAAAUUGCAAAUUCCGUCCGGAAAACGGGGCCUCCUUUCGGGGCUCCUCGGGCCGGUGCCUCCCUCUGUCCGCAGGCAGGCUGCACAGCAGCGCUCAGGGCUCAGCCGCUCCAAGCCGCACGCCCCGAAGCCCUGCUCUUUCCCCGGCCCGGCCCACACGGGAAACCCGGCUGCCGGCCUCAGCCCGCCGGGGAACGAACGGGGCUCGGCCCUCCCCGGGGACGCGGCGCGGCAAUGGCAGACACCGCCCGCCACCGCGGGGUACCGCCCGCCCAACCCUGAGGAGAGCCGCGGCGACGCCGCCAGCCCGCGCACGGCCCCGCUCCCCUCAGCCGGCCGCCCGCCGCCUUGCCAGGCCGGCCGCUGGCCCUGCGGCGGCUCCGCUCCGCCCCGCCAGGCGCAGCCCCGGCGGGCCGGGCCGGGCCGGGCCGGGCCGCCCUCGCCCUCCUUCUCCCCCCGCGGCGGAGGGACAGCGCCCGGCCGGGGCGUGUUCCGCGCUGCGCACCCAGCCCCGGGGGGCGGCGCGGCGCUGCCCUGCGGGCAGGCGGGAGCGGCCGCGGCGGGUGGCGGGAGCGGCUGUCAGCGAGCGGGCGGCGUGUGUGUGUGUGUGUGUGUGUGUGGGGGGCGAGCAGCCAUGAGGCGGUGGAGGCUCCUUCUCGCGGCGGUGCUCCUCGCCGUCCUGGUCCCCGCCAGAGGCAAUUUUGACGACUUCGACUUACAAGAUGCAUUUGAAUCUACAAAGAAUCCUCUUCCAUCUCAGAAGCCAUCAUCAUCAGAUUCAGGUGAUUUCAGCUUGGAAGAUGCUCUUCAUCCUGAUGACCCCAAGCCAGGUCCGCCUGCAACUCCUAGAGACACUGAUAACCCCAAGCAAGGUCCACCUGCACAUCCUAAAGACACUGGCAAACUUGAUGAUUCAGAUCUAUACGACGGUGGUUUACCAAACAGAGGAGGUCAUGGUAGUGGCAGCAAUGAACGGAAGGACCCAAGUCCAAAUAAUGGCCAAACAGCUGAGGCUUCUCAGGGAGCCAUAGCUGGAAUUGUUAGUGCUGUGUUUGCUACUGUAAUUGGAGCAGUAUCUAGUUUCAUUGCUUACCAGAAGAAGAAACUCUGUUUCAAACAAAGUGAUGAAGAGAAUGUGAAUAUGGAAAGCCAUCGGGGAGCACAAUCUGAGCCACCUGUUCAGCGCACACUUCUGGAGAACUAAAUUCAAGAAAACAUGAUGAAGAACAGAUCAUUGAAACUGGAUAGAGAGCCUGCAUUCUGCCUGAAAAAAAAAAAGGAAACAAAAAAAGCAUAACGUAAACAGCAGUGUCUGAAGCUGCAUGAGAAAACAGUUCUUGUUUGAAACACAUCUGGGAGUGUGACUUAGACCUGAGUACUUCUUUAUGGUUAGCCCUGUGAAGCGUUGUUGCACACCAAUAUAUGGCCUUAAUGACAGGA